CGCUAACACCUCAUCUUCAUAAUUGCCUUCACGUUCUUCAUCCAUUCACAUUUCACACCACACUGUUCUUCCUUUUAUACGUGACUCCCACGCACUUCUCGUGAAGCGAAUCAUCAUCCACCGUUGAACUGCGACGGCGAUGGAGGACGAGAAUGGCGAAGUCGGCGAGGAGUACUUGUUCAAGAUCGUGCUGAUUGGGGACUCUGCGGUGGGGAAGUCGAACUUGCUGUCACGGUUCGCUCGCAACGAGUUCGACAGCAACUCCAAGGCGACGAUCGGUGUGGAGUUCCAGACGCAGAUGGUGGAAAUCGACGGCAAAGAAGUCAAGGCGCAGAUCUGGGACACCGCCGGGCAAGAGCGGUUCAGGGCGGUUACUUCCGCUUACUACAGAGGCGCUGUUGGAGCUCUUGUUGUUUAUGAUAUUACCAGAAGAGGCACAUUUGAGAACAUCAAGAGGUGGAUUGAAGAGCUUGAUACUCAAAAUGACAGCACCAUAGCAAGAAUGCUGGUGGGAAAUAAGUGUGAUUUGGAGAAUAUUAGAGAGGUGAGCAUAGAGGAGGGAAAAAGUUUUGCAGAAGCAGAAGGAUUGUUCUUCAUGGAGACAUCUGCACUUGAUUCCACCAAUGUCCAAACAGCUUUCGAGAUUGUUAUCCGUGAAAUUUACAACAACAUCAGCCGGAAAGUCCUAAACUCUGAUUCUUAUAAGGCUGAAUUGACUGUGAAUCGAGUAAGCCUGGUUAAUGGGGCAGGAUCAAAGAAAAAUCCUCUCAGUUUUUCAUGCUGUUCUUGAUGAGAUUUUGAUUUUUACUUGGAUUGGAUACUUGUUUGGAUCUUUCAAGAGUAAUUUUUUUUUUUUGGCAUUUGCCUAGUUAUAAGGUGGCUACUACUAUUUCUUGGCUUUUGCUGUUACCUUUUUCAUUACCUCCUCCAAGUUUUAAGUUCUAGGGACCCUUACACCUACCUCUCUGAAUCUGUUCAGUAGGAUGUUCAACUAUCAAUGGCCGCUUCUGGUUAGAAUUUGUUAUCAGCUCUUAAAUUCUUGUAAUUUGUUGAAAACUUUAACAACACUUUGAUGAUAGCAUUUAUGGAGUUUUAGGUGAACAGAUUCAUAAGGA